UGGGGGCCGUUCGGAAGGUGAAGCUGGUAAGCCUCGAGAGGGAACGGCUCCCCUCCCCGAACGUCAUCCGGGCUGUUGUUGUCGUUCUGCCAUUAGCAGCGGGGACUGGUGUUGCACGACACGGGUCCGCGAGAGCAGGGCCGGCAGGAACGUCCGCGGCGGCACCAUGAAGCAGCUGCCGCUGCUACUGCUGCUGCCGCCGCCGCCGCUCCGAGAGGAGGUGGGGGGAAAGGAUCCGGAGUGAGGAGGAGCCGCAGCGGCGAGUUUUGCUGCUUCUCUCUGCGCGUCCUGCCCUUCCUUGUUUGGGCUUUUGGUCGCCCCGCAGGAGGAAAAUGGAGCCCUUCCCCAGUAACGAUCGAAUUCAGUUACCUAGGAAUAUGAUUGAAAACAGCAUGUUUGAGGAAGAACCUGAUGUAGUUGACUUAGCUAAAGAACCUUGCUUGCAUCCAUUGGAGCCUGAUGAAGUGGAGUAUGAACCAAGGAGCUCUCGGCUUCUAGUACGUGGUCUUGCAGAACAUGAAAUAGAUGAAGAUGAAGAGGAUUAUGAAUCAUCAGCCAAACUUCUAGGAAUGUCAUUUAUGAAUAGAAGCACAGGCCUGCGCAAUAGCACCACAGGCUACAGGCAGAGUUCAGGUGGAUCAUGCUCUGCACCAUCUGUAAGGACCACGGUGAUCUGUGCUGUCAUUCUUGUGAUUGCUGUUUCCGUAAUAAUGGCCAUCUAUCUUCUUCCUAAAUGUACCUUUACCAAAGAAGGCUGUCAAAAGAAAAAACAGACAGCGGAACUAGUAUAUCCUCUUGCAACCAAUGGACAGCGCUUUCCAUGGGCGAAUAUUAGGCUUCCAAGUGCUGUGAUGCCAGUACAUUAUGCCAUUGUGUUACAGCCAAACUUAACCAGUCUAAUGUUUUCAGGUUCUGUUCAGAUAAUUGUGAAUGUCCUCGAAGUUACGUGGCAUAUCAUACUGCAUAGCUCAAGACUAAAUAUUACCAAGGCAACUCUUACUCCAUUGGGUUCGAGGCAACCAAAGCCAGUUGAGUUUCUGGUAUAUCCAAUGAAUGACCAGAUUGCAAUUUUGGCCCCAGAAGCUCUCCUUGGUGGACACAACUAUACUUUAAACAUGGAAUAUUACUCCAAUUUAUCUGACACUUAUUAUGGUUUUUACAAAAUUGCCUACAACAGUUCAACAGAAAGGUGGCUUGCAGCAACUCAGUUUGAGCCCCUGGCAGCAAGAUCUGUUUUUCCUUGCUUUGAUGAACCAGCAUUCAAAGCCACUUUUCAAGUCAAGGUCAAGAGGGAACCACAACAUAUUGCUCUGUCCAAUAUGCCAAAGAUAAAAACCACUCCUAUGACGGAUGGACUAGUUCAAGAUGAGUUCUCCAUCAGCCUGAAAAUGAGCACUUACCUAGUAGCAGUCAUUGUUGGAGACUUGGCAAAGAUCAGUAAGGAAACAAGUGAGAUUCUGGUGUCUGUCUAUGCUGUGCCGCACAAGUUAGACCAGGCUGAAUAUGCCUUGGACACAGCAGUGAAGCUUCUUGAGUUUUAUCAGGAGUAUUUUGGUAUAAAAUACCCUCUUCCUAAAUUAGAUUUAGUAGCUAUUCCUGAUUUUCAAGCAGGGGCUAUGGAAAACUGGGGCUUGAUCACUUUCCGAGAAACAAUGCUCCUUCAUGAUAAUAAAACAUCUUCGGCAAUGGAUAAGAAAAAAAUAACAGCAGUGAUUGCUCAUGAGUUGUCACACCAGUGGUUUGGCAAUCUUGUAACUAUGGAAUGGUGGAAUGACUUGUGGCUGAAUGAAGGAUUUGCCACUUUUAUGGAAUACUUUGCCAUGUCUGAAAUUUUCCCAGAUUUGUUUACUAAUGAUGAUUUUCUAAAUCUGCGUUUUAAGACAAUGGUGAAGGAUUCCCUGAAUGCCUCUCACCCCAUCUCUCUUGCUGUCCAGUCUCAGGAAGAGAUUGACGAAAUGUUUGACACUGUCUCCUAUGGCAAGGGCGCUUCUCUCUUGUUGAUGUUGAAGAACUAUCUCAGUAAGGAUUUCUUCAAAGCUGGCAUUCAGAGUUAUUUGCAUGACCACAGCUAUAAUUCUACCCGUAGUGAUGACUUGUGGGAUAGCAUGACCGAGGUCACACAUGGAGAAGUGGAUGUUAAAAAGCUUAUGGAAACGUGGACUCACCAGAAGGGAUUUCCCUUAGUGAGAGUUUCAACAAAAGGAAAACAGAUUUUUCUGACACAGGAGAGAUUUAUGCAUAAUGUGGAAUUAGAAAAUCAGAUAAUACAUUCAAGUCCUGUGUGGGAUAUACCUCUUUCCUACACCACCAGCAAUGGCAGUUCUUUCUUCUCUUCUUGGGCACAUUUACUGGCCAACAAGUCAGAUAUUAUUACACUUCCAGAUAAAGUGAGCUGGGUCAAGUUCAACGUAGAAUCGAAUGGCUACUAUAUUGUGCAAUAUGACGAUGAUGGUUGGAAGGUUUUGAUUCAGUUGCUGAAGGAAGAUCCCACUGCUCUGACAUCCAGUGACAGAGCUAAUCUGAUCCAGAACAUUUUCAAUCUAGCAGGUUUAGGACUGGUAUCACUGAACAGGACCUUUGAUCUGAUUGAGUACCUAGUGAAAGAAAACAGCACUGCUCCAAUCACAGAAGCAUUGAAUCAAGUGAAUCAUAUCUACAACUUAGUUGAAAAGAGGGGAUUGCAAACUCUUGCUACCAAAAUAGUGAACAAGGUGGAAAACAUGCUUGGAGAAAAUAUUAAGAAACAAACAUGGACAAACAAAGGGAGCCUCUCAGAACAAGAGCUGCAAUCAAGUCUGCUAACUUUUGCCUGUUCCCAUAACAUAGGAAACUGCAGCACCACUGCCACAGUGCUGUUUAAUGAGUGGAUGAACUCCAGUGGCACCAAAAAUCUGCCAACAGAUGUUAUGAAGAUCAUAUUCACAGCUGGAGCAAAAACUGAAAUUGGCUGGCACUUCCUUUUGAAAAUGUAUUCCUCUUUGGUUUCUGAAGCAGAAAAGCUCAAAAUCCUUGAAGCACUAGCCAGCACAAAUGAUGUUCGAAAUCUGAUCAGGUUGAUGCAAACAAGUCUUGAAGGAAUCCAGAUUAGAUCACAGGAUCUUUCACUCGUUAUAAGAACAGUCAGCCAGACUUUGCCCGGGCACUUAGUGGCCUGGGACUUCGUCAAAGAGAACUGGGAACAACUUAUAAGAAAAUUUCACAGUGGAUCAUUCACAAUUCAAAAUAUUGUGACUUCAACAACUCAUCAGUUCUCAACAGAAGAACAUUUGCGUGAGGUGAAGGCGUUCUUUGAGUCUAAGUCGGAGGAGACUGCUCAACUCCAAUGUGUCCGAGAAGCCAUUGAGAUAAUUCUGCUGAAUAUCCAGUGGAUGGACAUAAACUUGGUGAAUCUGGAGAAGCUGUUGCUGUAAUGUUUGCAGUGCCCCCAGAGCUCAUAUUAGCCACUUGGAAUGCUGCAACUCUUACUCUUUUUUGCUUUUGCAAAAACCAGAGUUGGAAAUGGGCAAUGCAACUUUCUUUGCACUGUGAGAGGAUUUUAGUUAGCUCAGGGUACAUCUCUUCCUAAGCUGGCUCUCUUUGGAGUGGACUGGACAUUGUUGCUUUUUAAGGGAGUAGUUAUUCGUCGACCAAGCAUCUACGCAAAAAGGAGAACUUUUAAUACUGUUAUGCAGCUCCCUUCCUUUUGAAAUCUAGUUCCAUUUUCUAAAAUUUGGAUAAAGACUGAACAAGAGCAGCAAGGCAACAACUCCCCCGAGAGCAGCUUUCUUUUGUAGAGUGCUGUCUGAUUGUUGUUGGCAAUUUCUUGCAUUGUAAAUACUGUACUUGUUGUGGAGCACAUAUGUUUGUUUGUGAAGUACCAUGAUUCUAAUUGGCUGCUAAAGCAUAUAAAAUGGAGGUGGAAAGCUAUAAGUCAAAUGUUGUUCUUUUGGAUGGUUUUCCAAAAGUUAUACACACAUAGGAUAUAAUUAUUGGUAGAAAAGUUAUUAUUGUUUUUAAUGUAGCUGAGUGCUACUGAUACCAUAUACUAAAUAAGCCAAACAAUUCUUAUUUUUAAAAAUGUGGGAAGGGGAAGAAAUUUGUGUAUAAUUUAGUAAAUGAGAUUGAUAAAACUUUGACUUCUGUCUUAUAAAAAUCCCACGUUCUUGCAGUUACUGAAGUGUACUUUUUAGUGCUGUUGAACCAAUGCUACAGAAUAUUAUACAGGCAGUUAUUCUGCCUGAUUUGAUACUUUUACUGAUUUCUGACCUUUAUUUAAUUUGCAUCUUUCUAAGGGUCUUCAUUAACAAAAUGCCACAACAUUAAUUAAUGUAUGCCACAGAGCUUUAAUUCUACAUGACCCAGCCCUGGAAAUCUUGCUUUUAUUCAUGUGUUUUGUGGUGGAGCAACAAUGCUGGGGCAAAGCUGAAACAUUUUUGUAUAGAUGACCCAAGACAGGUUAAAUUUACUAAAGGGUAUGCAAUUCAGAGGCACUUCAGGUGUUUGAAUAUAGUUUAGGCCAUUCUGAAGAAAGACAUAGUGUUUAGAAGGUCAAGGAAAGCAUUCUGAGUCAAAUCGGCUCCUUAAUGAUAAAAAUAGAUGACUGCAUUUCUUUGAGGAGCUGCAUUUCCUCAGGAUUGCCGUGGUUAUCUGUCUGUCUUGAUUCGUCACAUAUACAGCAUAAUGUUGAUUAAAAUAACUAGCUUUUCAACUAUGAAGAAAACGGAAUGGAGUAAGAUUCUUAGGUAGUUCCGUUCUUCAGACUGCUCAGAAACAUCUCAUCUUGAUAUAAUCAGAGAGAAAAAUAUUACCCUCCACUUACUCUUUGAAUGAGAAAAAAGAAUUCCCUUUAACGUGACGUGGCUAGAAGUGUUGCCGUGACCUUGAGUUGUCCAGGAGAGAAUGUAUGAAUUGCUAUGUGUUCUGUACUCCUCUCCUGGCUGUACCUUCUCCUAUGCACUGAUCCUCUCUUCAGUUUGGUUAGUAACAGUAGUGAUGGGUAUAACUGCUCUGUUAAUUCCCUUUCUUGGGUCAUUUAACACUGUUCAACAGCAUAUAGAUGCACUCGCUACUGGAAACGUAAGUGUACUUGAAAAUAUAGUGCACCAGUAUCUUCGAAUUAAGAAUAUAAUGUUAAAGCACUGUUUUUCGAAGAACUCUUUUCAAUUAUUUAUUUUUUUUAGUAUGGAAUUCAGAUUUUGUUAUGUGGUGGUCAAUCAUGUCUAUUCUUUGCUUCCCCAUGUCUGGACUGGGAUCCAAUCCCCAGUAGAACCAAUCAAAGCUAUCUCACUUACCUCCUAAAAUUACAAGUGAAAUACAGCUUCGAUUCCAGCAAGCUUUGAUUUCUUUUUAAUUUCCUGUUGGUUCACUGGAAGUUGGAGUGGUUGGACUGUCCUUUAUUCUUUAAAUUCAAGCCAAAGCAGCAGUUCACAGGUAUUAAGUCUUGUGCUAGAUGAACUUUAAUCUGUGCUGUACUGUUCCUUUCAGGGGGAUAAUAAUGCACUGUAGUAAUAUUCAGAGGUCUUUUCUGUAGUUUAAUAAUAUGGAGUGGUUCUUGUUCAAGUAAAGAAUUUUCUACAAUGUUUUAAGACACAUACAGGGCUAUUAAUGGUAUACAUUCUUAAAUGGUGAAAUCUCAGUUGUGUUUAAUAUUCCUUAGCUUUGGAAACAUCUUAAACUAGUUGUAUUCAAAGUUUCCAUGCUGCUAUGGUAUCCUACUUAAUAGUAUCCCCUCUGUGUGUGCAUGUGUGCACACACACACAUAGCUUUGCUGUUGUCACUCCUCUAAGUUCUCAGUUCUAAAAUUUUGUCAGAGAGAAUAUUGUAUUUUUUUCAACCUCCUCCUCUCACUGACCCCCCAUGUUUAGAAACGCAUCACAGAAAUUUUCAAGCAGUGUUGUUCUCCCCCCCCCCCUUUAAUCAAGUCCUGCAUUUGGUUUUAAAUCUUUCUGGGUUGUGGGUUUUUGCAAGGAAAGAAUUGGAAUAGAGAUGAUCUUGGUUGUAUUUAAUCUAAUAGUAGCAAUGACUCAUGUGCCUUAUGGAGUAUAUUAUAAUGACUGUGAAAGGAAUAUAUUGGUGUAUAUAAAGAAAGUCUGUAUUUUUUACACUCUCCUUUCACAACUGUUGUCUUACCUAUAAGAAGGUGUGUGUUGUUGUGGUUAUUGAAUGAAUUAAACCUUUUUUUCCUAAGGCCAUCUUGUUGGAAUGUCUUGCAAUAAAACUGAUUUUUAGGUCCUUGGGACUAGAAGUCAAGUACUAUGAUCCAAAACUCUGUGGAGUUCUGAUGUACACACUGAGACUGGCACACAAGCAAGAGGUUUGCUGUUAAUUUCAGUGACAGGAAACAUGGAGCAUUCACUGAGGCUAAAAACUGAAGCAUCUGCUAACAUGUUUUCUCAAAGGGUGUUGAGUCUUGCAUAUGCUCCUCAAAUGUAGUGCUCAGCUGACUGCAACUGAAUAGGUUUCAAUCCAGGUCAAACUUAAAGUUUCUAGGUAUCAUCCUUAGUUAUCAUGUAUCUGUAUGCUUUAAGCACAAUUUGUAGUGUUCCACUAUUGAACUUAAAUGUUGGACCAGGGGAAAAUGAUAUUCAGUUAUAUGUGCACAUCAUACAGUUUGUAAAAAUGCAUAGAAGUAUUGUCUUAUCACUUUUCUCUAAGAAUGAAAGUUAAAUGCAGUUACCAAAUCACAUGAGAGUUGGGUUUAUUUUUUAGCUCUAGGUCAGAGAGAGAGAGAACUUUUGAACCACGUUUUUAUCUUUGAAACAGUUGUGUAAUUCUUAUAGACGGGAGAACAAUAAUGGCAGUCACUGUAUCUCAUUUUGAGAUGGAUGAUGCAAGCUUUCCAUGAACUUCAGUCCAGUCUAUUAACCCAUGGAAAUGGGGACUUGAAGGUGUUGGGCCGAAGAAUCAAACUGUCUUCUGUUGUACAAAAGUCUCAAGAUGCUUUUGAAGUAACAUGGUCUCUUGGCAUUGGGAGUUGCUGUGGCUACUUCAUUAGGGAAUCCUAAAACUGUUACAUAGCUAGUUUAGUUUCUCCAGUUGCUCACUGCUCUCCUCCAAUCAGAAGCUUGGGGAAAAAAGAAGGGAACUAGCAUGAAGAGCACAUACCAUAUCAGAUGUUGGAGCUAUAUUUAAAGUUAUUUAUGAGCACCCUGAGAAAUCUACUUUUGUGUGUUGUGAAGGAAACACAGCCUUCUGUCUUUUUUUAAAAAGCCAGCAUUGUACCCAAACAGUACAGCCAGGCCCUUUGAAAUCAUCUGUAGCUAAAACAAUGUUGCAUAUUACUUCAAGGCACACUUUUCAAACUGUCCAUCUCAGGGGUCUUGUUGUAGAAAAAGAGCUGCCGGAGCUCAUUAGCAUAACUCAUU